UCUAUGGUUAAGGAAUAACAAUUUUUUAUGAGCAUAAUUUUUGAGCUGGAUCCAGUAGGCUUUAGAGGAGAUUUUUGAGAAUUCAAUUUGGACGAGGAGCCUGAUUUGGAUUUUCUCAACUGAGAUAAUAAAAUAGAUUGAUUUUUACCCGAACCUGACUGCCUGAUGCCUCCUAGUAGGGAUGAAGAAAAUAACAAAGAGAAUGAAGACGAUAUGAAAAACACCAUCACUGGAAAUUAUUUACUGGAUCGAUUUAAACACAGAACAGAGAAAACAGAGGGCAGGGCUAGUGAACCCUCCAAGGAAAUUUCAAAAGGAGUCGACAAGCUUCCCUUAUUUGGAGAUAACCAAGGUAUAAAUCAUAUUAAUGAUUUUGAAAAAGUUGCCAAAAAUGGAAGAAAAUAAUUAUAAAAAGAAUGACAGUUUAAGUGACGAUAAAGAUCCAUCUCGAAGGAGAAAGGACGUUCUGUUGAAGAGUAUCUUAAGAAGAUUCAGAAAGUUCUUUCAAGCUGAAUUCGACGACUUUACUAGGCUUCAAUUUUUGGGGUCUUCUUCUGAAGGACUCGGAGAAAAUGAAAAAGAUAUUUUUCCUCUAGAGUUAGAAAGAGAGGAUACGCAAAACCUAAGCAAAGAGAAGCUUGAAGCAUUUAUCAAUUGUGAAAAAUUCAGAAGCCAUCGUCUUGAGGAUGUUCACUUUACGUAUCUAGGAGCUCUGAUCAGUCCUCGUACCUUCAAAUAAAAUGUUGUCCGAUGGUAGGAUAACACUUCCAAAAACAUCAGAAACAAAACAUAUGGUGGCAUGUUGCCAACUUGUUGAUGAGGUUCUUUAUAAGUUCUCUUACCAGAAGCUCUAUAAAUUCUGAGAGAUAUCUGAGUUUGGCAAGCUCUUCAAUUGUUUUAACACCAUUUCAUCCAUAGAGACCGAAGAGGAUACUCAAAAAGUAAUCGAAUUAAUAAAGUCAUAUAUGAGGCUUUCAUAAAAAUAAGGCCCAUAUCUUUCUGAAAAAGAAAGACUUUAUCUUAAACAAAAGCUUUGUGAACUCCUGUGUUCAAUGAGGGGGCUUAACUGCAUCAAUGUUCUCCUAGUCUCAUCAAUCGUUAAAACCUAUUAUUCCGGGAAUCUGGAUAUCAAC